AUGAUUAGUGCCUUGGAUGAAAAUUAUAAUAGUGUUGCCUAUUGUUUUAUGGAUGUAAAGGGAUUACGAUUCUUCUUGCCUGUUUUGCUCACAUUGGGGUAUUUUGGAGCAAUAGAAAUCUGGAUGGAAUAUAUUGUAGAAGAACAGAAAACUACAACAAAUGAAAAGUAUAAAGAAAUGUGGAAUGGGCUUUCUUUUGAUCAAAAAAUUUGCUUUUUAGAAUGUAUGGAACAAAAUUUUCUAUUAGAAGCUGAUUUUAUUUUUGAAUAUAAAAAUUCGAUUUGUGAUAAUUGUGAUGCAAAACAAUAUGUAUAUGAUGGAAAUGCUGAAUUUUAUCAAUUAGUAUUAAAAUUAAAAGAAAUAACCAUAAAAAAUGAAAAAGCUGGAAUAGAAAAAAUGAAUAGGAACACAACCGAAAUAGUAAGCAUUGACAACCAAGUUGUUCUGAAACGAUUUUACAAAAAAGGAUUUCACGAAUUGGGCUCACAUUUUUUUCAUUUACCCGAAAUGCCUUCUGACGA